AUGGGCACCAGACUGGAUGUACGUCAACUGGGCCUUGACUACCCAUCUCUAUGCUCUCUCCAUAUCAAUUACAAGGAGACAUUUACCAUUGUUUUAGCUGCACACCGUUGGGCACCUUUCUGGUCAGGUCAUCGAGUAGUCGUCAAAACAGACAGUCAGGUGGCUGCAGCCAUUCUGAACAAAGGCUCAACCUGUUGCCCGGUGAUCAUGGACUGGAUUCGUUCUCUGUUUUGGCUUAAGGAGUAUUACAACUUCAGUUUGUUCGUCAAGCACAUUCCAGGAGCAACCAACACUCUAGCAGAUAGUAUUUCACGCCUUAAUGAUGUGCACUACUGGCCAACGUUCCAAGCAUGGCUCUCCAAAUCCUCUAGAUCAAAUGACUUCGAAUCUCACAUGUCGCCAUUGUCUCUUGCUCUCCUUAGAUCCAAGAGAUCAGCAGCAACUUGACCGUGAAGUCACCAAUUUCCGGCGUCAAUCAUAUGCACCUACUACCAAGUCCACCUACAUGAGUCAAAUGCGUUCAUACCUCUCCUUUUGUGUAUACUAUGGCUACCAACCUCUCCCAGCAGCAGCAUUAACCCUUAAUCGCUAUGCAGCUUUUCUAGCAAGGUCACUCUCAGCAUCCUCCAUCCCAGCCUAUUUAAAUGCGAUUCGCAUUCUACACCUUGAACAUGGUCUGUCUGACCCAACCAAAAACAAUUUUCAAUUGGCAUCUACACUUCGAGGAAUCAAGCGUGUAAAAGGUUUAACAGUGUCCCAAAAGAAGCCGAUUACACCCCAGAUCCUAUUAGCCUUCAAGAGUCAUUUGCAUUUGGACAGCCCUUUACAUGCAACCUUCUGGGCAGUUUGCCUCGUAGCGUUCUUUUUGGCCUCCUUCGUAAGGCGAAUUUGCUAUGCAAAGGAUCAACAAAGUUUGACCCAUCCAAACACCUGCGUCGAGGAGAUAUCCUCUUCUUCAAUGACUGGGCCAUCAUUAUCAAUCGAUGGUCGAAGACCAUCCAAUUUAGUCAGCGCAUUUUAA